AUGUUAUUGAUGAAAGACAUCGCGGUUUUGGUGCGAAACGCGCGCAAGGAGCAAAAGGCCACGCAGGUGGAACUGGCGCAAUUUGCGAACGUGGGGACGCGUUUCGUCCGUGAUGUCGAGGACGGUGGAGAUCGCACGAUGAAGGCGAGUGAACUGGCCGAGGAGAUGUCCGACGAGGGGCAUCCCUCGCCGAUCUAUGCGCGCAUCGGCGAUGUCAUCCGCGGGCAGAUCGCACAGGUGAAGGGGCAUUGA